AUGACAACCGGCGGCGAUAAUGGAGGAUCUUCUUCUUCUCCCAACACAAUUGGUGAGAGCCCCAGUCGCCGCCGCAAUAUCAGUGGUGGUGGAGCAAAUGCUUCUCCGCCUCCGCCUCCGCCUCCUCCUCCAGCCAGCCCCCCACGACUGUGGCCUCCUGUCAUGGGGAUUCCCGGGGUGUCAGCCUUCACCCCGUACAACAGGAAUGCUCCACCCCCGCCGCCUCCUACAAACCCAGGUGUGCUUUAUAAUCCGCGUCCCGCCGGCGGAGCAGCCCUGUUUGGAUUUGGAGGCGGCCUUGGAUUCCAAGGUGGCCAGGCCUUGGCCGUAGGAGGCGGAGGCAGCGGUGCACCAGCGGGAGGUGCGAGGGUGGGCGGCAGCCUGGCUGCCAGAAAGAGAGUCCGCGACGGCGCGGCAGGUGGAGGCGUUGCGGGAGGGAGGAAUCCGCCCGAGGGCGCAGGCAACCCGGUAAACUGUAGUGUCUGCGCGAAGGAAUUCAUGUCGCCGAAGGCUCUCUUCGGCCACAUGCGUUCCCACCCCGACAGGGGGUGGAAGGGUGCCCAUCCACCACCAUCGUUUCGGGCCGAGGAGGAGUUUGCCGACCUCCGUGGCGUCAAUCAUCGCCCCGCCGGAGGGGCUGCCGCCGCUCCUGCUGCCGCUGUGGAAGACGGCGGCAAUGAUGCUGUAGUAAGAGCGGAAGCGCCGCCGCAGGAAGGAGGUGCACGGGAGGAUGGCGGCGAGGAGCCGCCAAAGAGAAACUACCUGCUGCCGGAUCUUAACGAGGGCUGA